UGGAAGGCGCACCGACAGGGAGCCGUCCAGGGCGGGCGAGUGAAAGAAGGGAGUCAGACAGAAAGGAGGUUAACAACAUAAUAAAAAAAAAAACAGCCUGAGCCACGGUUGGAGAGACCGGGACCCGGCGCAAGAGAGCGCAGCCUUAGGGGGAGAGGAACGGGAGACUCAGCAGAGCGCGCUCAUCACUGACUUUUGCUUCUUCUGCCUUUUUUUUUUUUUCUUUUUUAAGAAGAAGGCGCUAACGGCAGCCUCACACGCGAGCGCCACGCGAGGCUCCCGAAGCCAACCCGCGAGGGGAGGAGGGGAAGGAGGAGCAGGAGCCGUGGAGGGCGGAGGAAAAGCAUUUGCACCUUCUCUGCUCCCAUCCUCAACCUCCCGGGGAUUUUGUAAUUUUGUGAAACUUCCCCGAGCGAGCUCCCUCUUCCUCUCUCCCCUCCUUUCCCUCGCCGUUCGCGCAUCCCGGUCCUGCCUGCGUCCCCCUCGCGCGCCCCGCACCUCGCAUCCCCGCUCGCUCCUCUCCCGCGCCUCCUUGGCAGCCGCAGCGCAUGGAGAGCUCUGCCAAGAUGGAGAGCGGCGCGGGCCAGCAGCCCCAGCAGCCCUUCCUGCCGCCCGCAGCCUGCUUCUUUGCCACGGCGGCGGCGGCGGCGGCGGCAGCGGCGGCGGCGGCUCAGAGCGCGCAGCCCCAGCCGCCACCCGCGCCGCAGCUGAGCCCGGCGGCCGACGGCCAGCCCUCGGGGGGAGGUCACAAGUCCGCGGCCAAGCCGGCGAAGCGGCCGCGCUCGUCCUCGCCCGAACUGAUGCGCUGCAAACGCCGGCUCAACUUCAGCGGCUUCGGCUACAGCCUGCCGCAGCAGCAGCCGGCCGCCGUGGCCCGGCGCAACGAGCGCGAGCGCAACCGGGUCAAGCUGGUCAACCUGGGCUUCGCCACCCUGCGGGAGCACGUCCCCAACGGCGCGGCCAACAAGAAGAUGAGCAAGGUGGAGACCCUGCGCUCCGCCGUCGAGUACAUCCGCGCGCUGCAGCAGCUGCUGGACGAGCACGACGCGGUGAGCGCUGCCUUCCAGGCGGGCGUCCUGUCGCCCACCAUCUCCCCCAACUACUCCAACGACAUGAACUCCAUGGCCGGCUCGCCAGUCUCGUCCUACUCGUCGGACGAGGGCUCCUACGACCCCCUCAGCCCCGAGGAGCAAGAGCUGCUCGACUUCACCAACUGGUUCUGAGCUCGGCCUGGCCAGGCCCUGGUGCAAAGCAGGGUGACUGCACAACCUGUCUCUUUAGUGCUUUCUCGUCGGUGAUGCUGGAAGGGAGAAAAAAAGAAAAAGAGAAGAAAAAAGAAAAGAAAAGCAGGCAGCCCACCCCAACGCCAACCAAGCGACGCAGGCCUGCGAAGCAAGGCUCUCACAAAACAGGGAUGCGCUCAGAACUGUCUCGCUGCACUCCAAUCAUUCACGGAGAUUUGAAGAGUGACUAGGACCAGAGUCAAAGUGCAAAACGCUGCUCCUGUGCAAAGGCAUUGAGCUCCUGGUGGAAGAGAGCAGCACACGCCCUGUAGGAACUCCCACCCACCACUAGCAGGCAGAGCUGGAGGCGCUGGCUUACUCGGGUGUCUUCACCUCCCCGCCCUCUUUGAAAGCGCAGUUCUUAACCCUCUAGCCAAGGGUUGGUGACUUUCCUCUCAGUAUCCCCGUCCCAGGACACUGUGGACUUCGGUCUGCAGCGAAACUGUGCUGUACUCAGUCCUCUGACACCCCAUCCUUGGGCCUCCUCCCCACACCCCACUCCCUCACACCAUCUUUUCUACCAUUUUCAUCAUAGGAUGCUUCCAAUCUUUUGUGAAUUUUUUUUUAUUAUAAGAAAAAUCUAUUUGUAUCUAUCCUAACCAGUUUGGGGAUAUAUUAAGAUAUUUUUGUACAUAAGAGAGAAAGAGAAAAAAAUUUAUAGAGUUUUGUACAAAUGGUUUAAAAUGUGUAUAUCUUGAAACUUUAACAUGUAAUGCUGUUACCUCUGCAUAUUUUAGAUGUGUAGCUCACCUUACAACUGCCAUUUUCCCUGUGUGGCUUUUGUAACGAACUCUCCUAAUAGGGGAGAUCAAAAGGCCACCGGAUGUACUUAAGCACCAAUGUGUCUUACUUUAGAGAAACUUUGUUAAUGUAUUAAUGACGUUAUUAAAUACUGUUCCAGAACAAAGUUUAUGCAGCUACUGUCCAAACACAAAGUGGCAGCCAGUGCUUUUGAAAGGUUGCCUUUUGGGA